CAGUUUUGUUCAUUCAUUAGGUUUGCUUGCCACGCCAAAGUUUGGAAUAAUUAAAUUUGUUAAAUUAUUUUGCCAUCGAGUUUCAAAGUAAAAAUGUUCAAAGCCGUUCCUGUUUGUGCCGGAUGUGGAAGCUGGUCCGGGUUAACCGUUUCUUGCUCCAAAUGCUGCAAAAUCUGUUGCAUCGCGUGUUUGAACGGUUCGGAACUGCUCUGCCGGAAGUGCCAAAACGAACCAUCCGAUGUUUCCACCACCACGGGAAAAACGGAACGUCCGGGUCAAUCCGUAGACCUUUGUCCGAUUCACUCGAAGCUCUACAGCAUUUACUGCUACAACUGCAAUGAAACCAUUUGCGGAACAUGUGUCGAACCGGAACAACCGCACGAUUCCCAUUACAUUUGUAGUUUGAAUGUCGUUUAUCGUGAAAGCGUUGCCAAAAUAGAGGCCAAUUUGACCGCAGCGGGAAAACUUCACGCUGAGCUGCAAACGCACACCGCAAAGUACCGAAGGAACCUCGAACUACUUGAGAAAGAGCUUUCCGGUGGCCUGGGGCGCAUUGAUGCCCUUGCCGAGUCGUCCAGAAUGCACAUGUCUCGCUCGCUGACCGCUCGGAAGAAAUCCGUUGAGGAGAAAAUGGAAAUCCCGGUCUUGUAUGGCGCCGUUUUGGAGAAUUUCCGUAGAAAAACCGACCGGCUGUCGAAGAAGGAGUUCAUGCAGCAGUUUGCGGAACUAAGCGUCGAAAGCAACGAGCUGACGAAGAUACCGAUGGAUCUUGAACUGCAGGAAGUGGAAGACGUUGGAUGCGAAUUGAUCUCCCCAUAUCAGCUGAAGAAAAUAAUUAACGAAGGAUUCUCCAAAGCUGAAAUCGACAAACGUGUCAGUUUUUCGUUGGAGACAACAUAUGGAGUUCAAUGGGAUUGUCAUUUAACAAAAGCUAAUAUGCUGCAGAUCGAACCAAUUCCUAACGAUGAGACAAUAUUUCAAUUUAUCCAUGAGCUGGUAGUCAUCAUCGACCAUCCGGAUUACUCACAAUCGAUUCGUAAAGUAUUCCAACUGGAUAAGGCUAACGGUUCGAUUUUCGAUGUGGAAGAAGUGACUCGUAUCGUGGAUCAUGGUUACUGCAACAAAGAUGGGGAUCUCAUAAUUUGCAUUGGUAUUCGUCCUGCCAAUGCUCUGAUUGAGAAGCGAUUGCUGAAACAUCUGUUGGAGGAGAUGCCGCAAAUCACACAAAAAUUGUUUUCCAUAAUCAAAGGAUACGUUGACGAGUACUACUACUCCAUACAACAUUACCAGAUAAUGCCAAGUGUAUUUCGAAUCGAUAGAAUAGUUGAGUGUCCGAAAAUCUAUGACGUUAACAGUUGUUCGUGGCGUUUUAAAAUAAUAAGAUAUACACGUUCAACUGUGGGAGUACACUUAAAGUCAUCGAAAUCCAGUGCAACAUGCAGAGCUUUUAUGGAAAUCAAGUACAAUAAUAAUAAGGCGAUUACUCGACGAUGCUCAUUGCAAUAUUUCGGACCAAAAGAUUACGAUAGGCCGCUUCAUACGUUUGACAAAUUGGACGAAUUGGACAACGAAGAUACGCUUCUGCUACUCCGUUACGGCGUGCGCGUUUUGCCGGAUGCGCCUUCCUAGGGCGAAUAAAGCAACCGCAUAACUUUUUUUCAUUUUUGCGCUGUAUCUCGAAAAUCUGCUGUUCUUUCUUAUUGCACCAUGAAGACGUUGUUAAAACAUUCACCAUGAAUGUUGGAUUGAGAGUUUUGAGAUUUUGAGAUUUAAGAGAAAGUGAUCAUAUCUAUUUGUUUCUUAUAUGCAUUGGAAAAUUUGAACUCAACAAUGAACAAGUUGCUGUACGAAUAAAACUGUUCAACCCUUC